AUGCGUCUUUCCUUCGCCUCAUUGCUAGCGAUUGCUGCCACACUCCUCGUCAGCGGCAGUGCGCUUCCCACUCUGUCGAAGGUGGAAUCGCCUGGUCUGCUGCAGUCCGCUGUCGCCAGCAACGAGAAAAUAAGUCUGCGAGUGCACCACAGAGCAACGGAAGGCGAUGAAGAGCGUUCGAUCGGAAAAUAA